AUGGCUCAAGAAUACAAAUUGAAGGAUAUCACCUCCUUCGCGGACAUUGCUCCCACGGAGAAAAUCGAGUGCGAGGUGGAGGGUGUCCCGGAUGGAAAAGUGCUCGUCCUGAAAUUCGACGGCCAGGUGCAUGCCCUCAGUCCUCGCUGUUCGCAUUACGGGGCGCCCCUCAAGGGGGGUGUUGUGGCGCCAGAUGGGAGGAUUACUUGUCCGUGGCAUGGAGCCUGUUUCAACAUCGGCACCGGCGACGUGGAAGACGCCCCCGCACCCAACGCGCUGAACAAGUUCGAUGUUUUUGAGAAGAACGGCGCCGUGUAUAUCCGCGGCACGGAGGCCGAUAUCAAGGCUGGACAGCGGAACCCGGUCGUCAAGUGCAGCGUGUCGCAGCCGGAGGAGAGAGUCGUGAUUGUCGGCGGUGGAAGCGGCACUCUGGGUGUCGUGCAGGCCCUCCGCGAACUCAAGUACCCAGGCCACAUCACCAUCAUCUCGCGCGAGCCGCAUCUCAUUAUCGAUCGGACCAAGCUCUCCAAGGCCCUGAUCGCAGACGCAUCCAAGAUCCAAUGGCGCCCGAAAGAGUGGUACGCCGAGGCAGCGAUCGAGACGGUCUCGGAUGAGGUGACGGCCGUGGAUUUCGAGAAAAAGUCCGUGUCCACGCGCUCCGGCAAGAACUUCCCAUAUACGAAACUGGUUCUUGCGACGGGCGGCGUGCCGCGUGUCCUCCCUCUGCCGGGCUUCAAGGCCGGCGAACUGGGCAAUAUCUUCACGCUGCGUGGAGUCGCAGAUGUGCAGGCCAUUCUUGCCGCGGCAGGCUCGGGGAAGAAGAAUGUUGUAGUUAUUGGGAGCUCGUUUAUUGGGAUGGAGGUUGGUAAUGCCCUAUCCAAGGACCACAACGUUACGAUUGUUGGGAUGGAGAGCGCGCCCAUGGAGCGAGUGAUGGGCGCCGAGGUCGGGCGGAUCUUUCAGAAGAAUCUGGAGAAGAACGGGGUGGCCUUUAAGCUGUCGGCGGGUGUGGACAAGGCCGAGGCCUCUGCUUCAAAUGCGCAGACUGUCGGCGCAGUGCAUCUCAAGGAUGGAACCGUUCUGCCCGCCGACCUGGUCAUUUCGGGUGUGGGCGUCCGUCCCGCCACGGAUUUCCUGCGCGACAAUGCAUCUAUCUCGCUGGAAAAGGAUGGAUCCAUCGCUACAGACACCCACUUCGCCGUGCCCGGUUUAGACAACUCCGUGUUUGCAAUCGGCGAUAUCGCAACAUACCCCUACCGCGGCCCCGGCGCCGAUGUAGCCAACGGCGGCUCGCCCACGCGCAUUGAGCACUGGAACGUCGCGCAGAACGCCGGCCGCGGUGCCGCGCGGGCGAUCGUCCAUUCCCGUCGCAGCUCGCUCUCUUCCCUGCCGUCCAAGGCAUUCAUCCCCAUUUUCUGGUCUGCACUCGGGGCCCAGCUGCGCUACUGCGGAAACCCUGUACAUGGCUAUGACGACGUCCUGCUCCGUGGUGAGCCCGAGAAUGCCAAGUUUGUGGCGUACUACUGUAACGGAGAUACCGUUGUUGCGGUCGCUACGAUGGGCAUGGACCCAGUGAUGGCCAAGUCGGCCGAGCUGAUGCGGCGUGGGAAUAUGCCUUCGAAGAAGGAGAUUGCGGAUGGGGUUGAUGUGCUCAAGGUUGGUGUGCCGGAGGGCAUAAGCAUGUGA